GACUUUACAAAAGAACAAUUGAUAAAAGUAAGAUCCAAAAAAGAGAAAGGGACAGUGAUGUGAAAGACGAAAUGCGUGAUAGAGAAAAAAGCUCUGAUCAUAGUCGUUAUAGUCCUAGCCGUCAUAGUCCUAAUCGUCGUUCCCCUUAUCGGAAUUCGCCACGCAUAAGUCGAAGUGAUUGGGAUUCUACUCCAACAAGAUCAAGCACUCCAACAAGGUCGAGCACGCCACGCAUAAGUCGAAGUGAUUGGGAUUCUACUCCAACGAGAUCGAACACGCCUCGGUUCUCUGGUGGUGGACUGACUUCUCGAAAAGAAUAUCAACCUAUGAGAGAUUUUCCCACUCCUCGACUUGCGUCGUUUGAUUACGAUGAAAUGGAAUAUGCUUUUAAUCAGGACGACGAAGACAUAAAUGAUGAUCGUGAAAAGCGUGACUGGGAAGAAGAACAACGGCAAUUGGAUCGCGACUGGUACAGCAUGGAAGAGUCGUCUGGAGCAAUGGACGACACACAUAAUCCCUUUGCAGACUAUUCAGAAUUUGUUGAAAAAAAAGAGGCUGAGCUCGCUCAAAGACAGCUUAAAAAACUUACCGCAAGACAAGAACAAUAUAAUAAAGAUAAUGAACUCUGGGAAACAAAUCGUAUGCUUACUUCCGGUAUCGUGCAGAGAAAGGAAAUCGAUUUGGAUUUUGAUGGUGAUUCGGAAGCACGAGUGCAUUUAUUAGUACAUGAUAUUAGACCACCAUUUCUUGAUGGUCGCAUGGUUUUCACAAAACAAUUGGGAGCUGUUCAAUCAGUUAAGGACCCUACUUCUGAUUUAUCUGUCUUCUCUAGAAAAGGAAGUCAAUUGGUAAAAGAAAAGAGAGAACAAAUAGAACGCCAAAAGGCCGCUAAGAGUGUUGUAGAUGUUGCAGGCACUGCUUUGGGUAACAUUAUGGGUGUCAAAGCUUCUGAUGAAGAUUCUGCAGCACCGACUACGAAUUCAACAGGCGAAUUGGAAACUCCUAAAGGUGAUUCGCAAUUUGCAUCUCAUCUGAAAGCAGCUGAAGCUGUCAGUUCUUUUUCUAGAUUAAAAUCUCUUCGCGAACAACGAGAGUUUUUGCCUGCCUUUGCAGUCCGUGAAGAAUUAUUAAGAAUAAUUAGAGAUAACCAAGUUGUUGUAGUGGUUGGAGAAACUGGUUCUGGUAAAACGACACAAUUAACACAGUAUCUUUAUGAAGAUGGAUACAACAAUUAUGGCAUUAUAGGUUGUACGCAACCUCGUCGUGUUGCUGCCAUGUCUGUUGCAAAACGUGUUAGUGAAGAAAUGGGGUGCAAACUCGGAACGACUGUGGGAUAUGCUAUUCGUUUUGAAGAUUACAUGACAGAUGGUGUGUUACUCCGUGAGUCACUUAAAGAACCUGAUCUUGAUCAUUAUAGCACUAUUAUUAUGGACGAAGCUCACGAACGUUCAUUGCAAACGGAUGUCAUAAUGGGACUAUUAAAACAGGUACUUACUCGUCGGCGAGACUUAAAGCUAAUUGUUACAUCUGCGACAAUGAAUGCUGAAAAGUUUUCAUUAUUUUUUGGAAAUUGUCCCACUUUCAAAAUUCCUGGUCGUACUUUUCCCGUGGAAGUAAUGUUCAGUAAAACACCGUGUGAAGAUUAUGUAGACAGUGCCGUAAAACAAGUACUGGCAAUUCAUCUUGGCCAUCCGUCAGGUGACAUAUUGGUUUUCAUGACUGGACAAGAAGACAUUGAAAUAACUUGUAAAGUAAUAACAGAACGUCUACAACAAUUGGAUGAUCCGCCAGAAUUAGCAGUUCUUCCGAUAUAUUCUCAACUACCCGCCGAUUUACAAGCUAAAAUAUUCGAGAAAGCCCCUGAUAACGCAAGAAAAGUGAUCGUUGCAACAAACAUCGCUGAGACUUCAUUAACUGUUGAUGGUAUUAUGUAUGUUGUCGAUACUGGAUAUAAUAAACUUAAAGUAUUCAAUCCAAAAAUUGGUAUGGAUUCUUUACAAAUCACACCAAUUAGUCAGGCCAAUGCGAACCAAAGAUCAGGUCGUGCAGGAAGAACUGGAGCUGGAACAUGCUAUCGUCUUUAUACCGAGCAUGCCUAUCAGCACGAGAUGUUUAUGAAUACUAUACCUGAGAUUCAACGGACAAAUCUUGCUAAUGUCGUACUUUUACUUAAGUCAUUGGGAGUUAAAAAUCUACUGGAUUUUGACUUCAUGGAUCCUCCACCUCAGGAUAAUAUAUUAAAUUCAAUGUAUCAAUUGUGGAUACUCGGUGCAUUGGAUAACACAGGAGAGUUGACGCCGCUGGGCCGUAGAAUGGUCGAAUUUCCAUUGGAUCCUUCACUAUCAAAGAUGUUAAUUGUAUCUGAAGAACUGGAAUGUACUGCUGAAAUUUUGAGUGAUGCGGCAAGGGAAAAAUUUUUUGUACCAGAAAGUGAUCAUUUGACACUUUUACAUGUCUACACCCAAUGGAAGUCACAUGGAUACCGUGACGAUUGGUGCAUAAAACAUUAUAUUCACUCUAAGGCAAUGAGGAAGGCUCAGGAAGUGCGAUUACAACUGCUUGAUAUUAUGAAGGCUGAAAAGAUGGCAAUUGUGUCUUGCGGUACAGAUUGGGACGUAGUUAGAAAAUGUAUUUGUUCUGCAUAUUUUCACCAAGCUGCAAGGGUUAAAGGAAUUGGUGAAUAUGUUAAUUGUCGUACAG